AUGGCUUCAGUUCCCAUGGUCAACCUUCGCACCCAGAAGCGCCUCGCCGCCUCCGUGGUGGGCUGCGGCAAGCGCAAGAUUUGGCUUGACCCCAAUGAGAUGAACGAGAUCUCCAACGCCAACUCUCGCCAGACCAUCCGCAAGCUUGUCAGCGAUGGCCUCAUCAUCCGCAAGCCCGUCACCAUGCACUCCCGCUCUCGCGCCCGUGAGCUCAACAUGGCCCGCAGAAUCGGCAGACACCGCGGUCUGGGUAAGCGCAAGGGUACCAAGGAGGCCCGUAUGCCCAGCCAGAUCCUGUGGAUGCGCCGCAUGCGUGUCCUCCGUCGCCUGCUCGUCCGCUACCGUGCCUCCGGCAAGAUCGACAAGCACCUCUACCACGAGCUCUACCACCUGAGCAAGGGUAACACCUUCAAGCACAAGCGUGCUCUCAUUGAGCACAUCCAGAAGGCCAAGGCCGAGAGAACCCGUGAGCGUGCUCUCAAGGAGGAGAUGGACGCCAAGCGUGCCCGCAACAAGGCUCUCCGUGAGCGUCGGGCUGAGCGCCAGGAGGCCAAGCGCAACGCUCUCGCCGAGGGUCAGGAGUAA